AUGAAAUCCGCCAUCUUCUCGAGCCGAGCAGCAGAAGAAGACAUGGCUGACUACAGCAACGUGGCUCCCCCGUCCUCUAACGCCGGUGGCGGGAUGAACGACGCUUUUAAAGAUGCUCUGCAGCGAGCACGACAGAUUGCAGCGAAGAUCGGAGGCGAUGGCGUCGCGGCUCCACCAUCAAAUGAGUUCGGCUACGGAGGCCAGAAAAGGCCCCUGGAGGACGCUGGUGGGUAUUUUCCCAUGCCUAACCUGAAUAUCGACCAGCCAGAGACGAAGAAAGUGGCUACAAGUGAUGCCUUUUCAGGAAUGGGAGGAAUGGGUGGUGCCCCAAGGUCAUUGUCAGAAGAGUUCAAGGUCCCAGAUGGAAUGGUCGGCUUCAUCAUUGGAAGAGGGGGCGAACAAAUAUCACGUCUGCAGCAGGAAUCUGGCUGUAAAAUACAGAUUGCCCCUGACAGCGGUGGUAUGCCAGACAGGUCGGUGACGUUAACAGGACCACCAGAAGCAAUCCAGGGUGCAAAGAGACUUCUGACAGAGAUUGUUGAUAAGGGACGUCCAGCUCCAGCGUUCCAUCACAACGACGGUCCGGGAAUGACUGUUCAGGAGAUCAUGGUCCCUGCCUCUAAAGCCGGACUUGUCAUUGGAAAGGGUGGAGAAACCAUCAAAAGCCUUCAGGAACGAGCCGGGGUGAAGAUGGUCAUGAUCCAAGAUGGGCCACAAAACACAGGCGCAGAUAAGCCACUUCGAAUUUCAGGAGAGCCCUUUAAAGUUCAGCAAGCCAAAGAGAUGGUCAUGGAACUGAUCAGAGACCAGGGCUUCCGGGAGCAGAGGGGCGAGUAUGGUUCGAGAAUUGGAGGAGGUGGCGGUGGAGGAGGAGGAGGCGGCGGCGGCGGCAGCAGUAAUGGAGGAGGAGAUAGCUUGGAUGUCCCCGUCCCCCGGUUUGCUGUGGGUAUCGUCAUUGGCAGAAAUGGAGAGAUGAUCAAGAAGAUACAGAACGACACGGGCGUCCGGAUUCAGUUUAAACCAGAUGACGGCAGCACACCAGACAGAAUAGCACAGAUCAUGGGUCCCCCUGACCAGGCUCAACAUGCGGCAGAGAUCAUAUCUGACCUGCUGAGGAGUGUCCAGGCUGGAGGACCCCCAGGUCAUGGUGGUGGAGGUGGUGGUGGGGGAGGCGGCGGUAGAGGGCGUGGCCGUGGGCAGGGCAACUGGAACAUGGGGCCCCCUGGUGGCCUACAGGAGUUUACCUUCACCGUCCCAACAAUGAAGACCGGCCUCAUCAUUGGAAAAGGUGGUGAGACAAUCAAAGGCAUCAGCCAACAGUCCGGAGCCAGGAUUGAGCUACAGAGGAAUCCUCCACCCAACGCGGAUCCCAACAUCAAAAUGUUCACAGUCAGAGGCUCCCCGCAACAGAUCGACUACGCCAGGCAGCUGGUGGAGGAGAAAAUCGGAGGACCAGUCACACCAAUGGGUGGCCCACAUGGUCCCCCUGGUCCACAUGGAGGCCCAGGCCAACAUGGUCCUCCUGGGCCACCUGGACCUCCUGGGGCUCCCAUGGGUCCAUACAACCCUGGACCAUAUAACCAGGGACCUCCAGGGCCACAUGGUCCACCCGCACCUUACCAGCCUCAGGGAUGGGGCAAUGGCUACCCACACUGGCAGCAGGGACAACCUGAUCCAAACGUUUCUGGUCCAGAUAAGGCAGCAGCUGAUGCCAAUGCAGCAGCGUGGGCAGCCUACUACGCUCAGUACGGACAACAGCCACAGACGCCCAUGACCCCAACAAGUGGCGCUCCCGGCACAACUCAAAGCAAUGGCCAAGGUGACCCACAGGCUGCAGGUCAGAGUGGACAGGCAGAUUACUCCAAGGCCUGGGAGGAAUAUUACAAGAAAACCGGUCAGCAGAGUCAACAACCUCAGGACUACACGAAAGCCUGGGAGGAAUAUUACAAGAAGCAAGGUCAAGCGGCCCCUCAGGCCACUGCAGCAGCGGCAGCCACCCAGCCCGGAGGCCAGCCUGACUACAGCGCUGCCUGGGCGGAGUACUACCGGCAGCAGGCUGCGUACUAUGGUACCAACAGCCCUCAGGCGAUGGGUGCAGCACCACAAGCCCCUCAGGGCCAGUAAUGUGAAGCGGACAUAAAGUAAAUGCUACAUUGUCGAAACAAAAUCCUUUGUUAAAUGUUUGGAUGCAGACGCCUUGAUGAAGAUCUUAAAUUUCCUUGGUUUCAAAGUGUUUCACAGAGAUGGCAGAUUUCCCGGCGAACUUGUCCUCUUUCUUUUUGUUUUUGUUUAUUUUUUCUUCUUGUAAAUGCUUUGUUUUUAGUGAGUUAAUUAUACAUAUGGUCAUUCCAGUCCUGUAUCUACAUUAAAUGUGGUUAGAACUCCUGUUUAUUGAACUGUUGACAUUACCUUGUAAAUCAUCUCAGUUUUAAAAAUGCUAUUGCCUGUUGUGUUUUUGCAAUAAAACAAACUGAAACCUCCUGUGUUGGUAAGUUGGGGUGGUUACAGAACCAGACGGGUGGGUUGACAACAAUUUCUGUGUUUUUACCUGAGGGGGAAGGGGGGAGGGUUGAAGUUUAAACGCAGGCCUAGACUGGGUUUCAUUGUUCAAAAUGGUCGACUCCAAGUUGUGCUGUCCUGUCUCUCUCCAACUGUCCAUAAGGCUCUUAGAUACAAUAUGUGCGUGCAGUGAUCCCGAGCGGUUCAGACCAACAAACGUCCUCUUGUAGAUUGACUAUUUUUAAAAUUUUCCACUUCCUGUUGUGUCAUUAGAAAGUUGACUGGCAUCUGUAUCGUAAACUCAUGCAUUUACCUGCGUUGCUGUGGCACUCUUGUUGUUU